GAAAGUUUAGAAUUAGCUGGUGUUAAAGAAUCUGAUUUACGAAAUGUAACGCAAAUUUUAUAUUCUGUACCAGAACAGUGUACCGAAAAGCAAAUAAAGCUAUUAGAACUUGAUGAAAAUUUAAUAGAAACAGUAAACAAAGGAGAUAGUUUAACAUUUCAGGGUAAUAAGCAAGAUUAUGCAGUAUUAUGUACAAAAAAUCGAACAUAUGAUAUUAAGGAGGCAGAAAUAUCUAAUUCCUGUAUGUUAGUGCCAAAAUUAAAUUUAUUUGACCAAACAAAUGUAGAUACAAAUCGAAUAAUGAAAGUGUGUAAUAUUUCUGGAAUUUUUCAUACAUACUAUGAGGUUAGAGAGUGUAAACCUAAGUUGGAAAAAUUACUUACAUUACUUGAGGCUACAUCUUUUAAAGGAACA